AUGGCAGUGGUCGAAAGAAUCUUUAACAACAUGAUGCCUCAAAAGACCAAGGGACCCAAGAGGUCUGGCAAGGGAAAAAAAGUUGGUGAUAACGCAGACAAUGGGAACAGAAAUCAAGCCUUGGGCCACAUCGACGAAGUCAAUUCUAUUGCUGAUAUCAAGGAUAAACCUUCUCUUCUAGGAUGUGACCAUUAUGAUGACUACUUUCCCAAAGUAUCACCUUAUGAGAUAAUUGGUUUGGAAAUUAGUACCACUUCCAAACCUGUACCAAUUGAAGUUAGCUCCAUAAAAAGGCUCAAUGUCUGUUUGAAAUCAACCUUCAAACAAACUUUAGGACUCGAAGAAUUUUCUAAUGCUAGAAAUGAUCCAAUUGAACGUCUGGUUACCUUCAAGAGAGAUCAGGAAAACUUUAUUAUGGCCGACCAAGGGUUCAAUCGCAGUCAGAACUUUACUUUUGACAAACCUACUGCCUCCAAGCGUAGUAUUGUUGAUAACUUGGAAUUCAAGUUCACUACAAAUUCCAACUCUUCCAAUGGAGCAAAGACUCCGAUGUCUAUCUUUAAGAUUCAGAAUAAACUAUUCUCUGAUGUCCCUACUAAGUCCAAGAGGAGAAGGAAUGAAAAGUUGGAUAAUUCAAGAACAAUUUCAGUUAGAACCGUUCUACGGAUGGUUGAUUACUCUUUGGUUUCUGAUGGAGAGUUUACAAGUAUGAGUAUGAGUGAAUGUAACACGCCAACGAAACAUUGCAAUGUCCUCAUCAACGAUGAUGACUUGGCGCAAGCAAAACGUUUGGUCUUUUAA